AUGGCUAUUUUAAUCUAUCGGAAAAGUAUUGAUGAUCUCAAGAAUCAUGCCAGUGAUCCUGCUAAUUUUGCUGACCACCUAUACCAGCCAGAGAAAGAUGCAAAUGGCGAGAGAGUACAUCAUCGUGAGGAUCACAACCAUCUGCUGAAGCGUAUAGUUUCAAGGCUUCGAGAAGGGCACAUCCCAGGCUUAGACCUACAACACCUCAGAGAUGCCCUACAUGAUCCUUCAACCGGUUUGACAUACAAGGCACUAACAGGAAAGAACAAGCAGUCUGUGCCAGAUUGUGAGCGUCUCAUAAGUCCUGGUGUUAUUUCUUUUCUGGAACGGAAAGGUCACACGACUGAUGCAUGCAUCACAAAGCGUCUACACAACUGGCACAAAGCAGUGGAUGGACGGGGGUUAUCAGAAAUGCAGAGGUCUGCCUAUU